AUGGCUGCUGCUCCGCGGCGUAGAAGAAUCGGCCAUCGACGCCGCGUCGAGGACGAAGGCGAAGGCGACGAAGGUCGCACGGGCGGGCUCGAUGUCGAUGACGAAUCCCCCACCGAGGGCUCCCUGACCGACGAUGACGACGCCGGCGAGGAUAGCGACACGAGCAACAUCGAGGAGACGUCCCCCAACCUGCCGACGUCGAGGAAGACGGCCAACGGCGAGGCCAAGUCCGCCGCCGCCGAGGCCGCCGAGGGCAAGCCGUCGUCGGAUACCGAGCUGAUGCUGCGUGGCAUGUCCGCCGGCGACAGGCCGGGUGCGGCGCGGGAGAUGCACUUUGACGACGUCGCCUCGUCGCCCAAGUCCCCCUCGGGUCCCGUCGUCGUGAGCUCGGCCUCGCACCCGCCGCCGCCGCCGCCGCCGCUGGCGUCCCAGGGAGACCGCCGUCGGCAGGAGCACGAGGACUACAAGCGCCGCCGGGACGAGGACCCGGCCUUUGUGCCCAACCGGGGCGCCUUUUUCAUGCACGAUCAUCGACACGCCGGCCCUGCCGCCAACGGCUUCAGACCCUUUGGUCGAGGCGGCCGAGGAAGGGGCGCCGGCCGCGGUGCCGUCGGCGGUCCCUUUUCGCCCUUUAAUCAUUUCCACCAACAGGCGGACCCGACGACGAGCUCGCCCUGGACCCACGACAUGCACGACGUCGUCGCCGACCCCGUCCCGCGCCGGCCCCGAAACGCGCCAAGGCACAGCGAAGGGCCUCCGAACGGCAACGGCGUCAUACCGAGGUGCGAGCUCAGCGCCGCGCCCAUCAACCGGACGCUGUCGACGGAGAGGCACAUCGGCAACGCCCACGUUCGCGUCUUCAUGCCGCACCUGAUGGACGGGCCGGCCGUCUUUCCGCGCAUGCCCAUCAAGCAGUACACGAAGCUGCCCGAUCACCGGCCGCCUCUGCGAAGCGACAAGCCGGUGCGCAUCUCCCUGCCCAGCCGUCCGCCGCGGUACGUCUUCCCCGCCACCGACAGGUCCUUCACCUUUAUCCCCCGCGAGCUGCGCCCCAACCAGCAGCGCGUGCGAGGGAAGCCCCGGUCCGCCCUCGGCUCCGUCGGCGGCGGCUUCUCGCGACGCACGAGCGUCGUCGGCGGCAGCUACUACGGCAGCGUCUACUCGCCCAGCGUCGCCGCCAGCCGACGCUCGUCCAUCGUCCACGACCGGGACGCGAUGCUGUCGCCCUCGGAGUCGGUCAUGUCGAGGCCGCCGAUGCCGACGGACGCCGCCCGGCCCGUCGUCCGACUCCCCCCCGCCCCUCGACCGGACCUCCCGCCGGCGGCCGACGCGCAGGAGCCGUCAUCCAUCAGCCGGCUGCCGCCGCCGCAGACGCAUCCGCUCCCGCAGCGGCCGGCGGCGCACGAGACGGCGGCGGCGGCGGCGGCGGCGUCGAUUCCCAUGCACCAGCCGCGUCCGCAGAAGAACAUCUCGGUGGCCGACAUCGAGCCGCCGACGACGCUGCAGGGCCCGCGCGCCAUCCAGCAGCCUUUCCACCAGCAGGUGCCGGUGCAGGUCGCCAACGGCUUCGCCCCCGACGGCCAGACGCACGCGCGUCGACCGUCGCACCCGUCGCACCCGUCCAGCGGGACGCCACUGUCUCAGAUACCGGAGCGCGCCAUCCACGCGGCCCCCUUCCAGCCAAACGCGCACGGCCAGCCUCCCUACUACAUGCAGCAGGUCUAUCAGCCGCAGCCGCCGCCGCCGCCGCCGCAGGCUCAGCCGCAGCAAGGCUACUACUACCCGCAGCCGUUCUCGGCCGCCGGCCUGACGGGCGCCGCGGCGGCGGCGUCGGCGGCGCCCUUUGUCCCGGCGGCCUCGCACGGCGUCGGCGGCGGCUUCCCGCCGCACAACGCGCCGGAGCAGCCUGUCGGCCAGGGCGCAUCGGGCAACCCGGCGGCCGGGCCGAACCUCGUGGCGCAGGAGGUCAACGGCAUGGUCUACUACUACGACUCGUCGCAGGUGCAGCCCGUCGGCGGCUACGGCCCGUACGCGGCCGCCCAAGGGUUCCAGGCCAACGUCGUGGGCAUGGGGGGCGUGGUGACGCCGAGCCCCGACGGCUUCUACUACCCGCAGCACGCGCAGCACGCGCAGCACUCGCAGCACGCCUCGGGCAUGGUGUACUACUCACAAUAG